AAAUAUAAUAAUAUCAAAGGUACUCUAAAAAGCGUUGAAGCAUACAGACCAAGUACAGGAAAUAUGACUAGUAUUGCAGACAUGCAAUCACCUCAAGAAAGGUCAGGAGUAGUUGCAUUAGAGGGUUUGUUGUAUGUUGUCAGUGAAAGAUAUGAAGAUGAUUAUUUGGAUUCUGUAGAAGUGUACAGUACUACAGUCCCAUCACCUAUACCUGGGCCAUUCUAGGAGCAUUAAUGAAUGCACCAUGGGAUUUUGCGGGAGUGCUAAUAGUAGCCAUUAAUAGGCUAAUUAUACCUAAUUUUUAAAAUGUGUUAGCCUACAUGGUUUUUUUUUUUGUAGUUACAACAUGUGUAUUUUGUAUU